GACCCUCGAGCGCAUUUUUCGUCAUUCACCGAGCGUAGGAAGCGCGAAGAUUUUGGUCGAGCGUCGAAUGGAUCGCGAGCAAUAGAGGAACAGCUGGCUGAUCGAGUCGAGGAAGAUUCAAUCGAAUCCUUCGCGGGUUGCCGACGAGGAGGACCUUUCCGUUAAAGAGUCCGAUGAACCCGUUCUCAUGACGAAUCCUUUACGAGAUGCACGCCCCGAGGAUCGGCCUCUAGGCUUGGACUAUCCGGACCCUAGACUGGUGCGAAACGGACAUCAGGAUCAUCAGGGAAACUCGACGCAUCAGAUCGGUGGCGCGAGAAUCAGACGGACCAGGACCUCGUCGUCGAGGAGAAGAAUGCACUUGGCCAACGAGGUCCCUGCACAAGGAUCCACUGGCGGAAACACUCUACCGGACUAUGCCCUCACCGCGGACUUGCUCGCCGAGAGAACUCUGGACGGCCUGUUCGCCGAGCAUCCCGGGGAACUUGUACGGACAGGCUCCCCGCACGUGGUCUGCACGGUACUGCCGGCUCACUGGCGGUCAAACAAGACGCUUCCGGUAGCGUUUAAGGUGGUAGCCCUGGGCGAGGUCGGUGACGGGACCCUGGUGACAGUGCGUGCUGGCAACGACGAGAACUGCUGCGCGGAAUUGCGGAAUUCCACGGCGGUGAUGAAGAACCAGGUGGCGAAAUUCAACGAUCUUAGGUUCGUCGGUAGAAGCGGCAGAGGGAAGAGCUUCACAUUGACGAUCAUGCUGCAGACAUCACCACCUCAAAUAGCCACUCUGUCGAAGGCGAUCAAGGUCACCGUGGACGGACCAAGAGAGCCCAGAUCGAAAACAAGACACCAGGCCUUUCAUCCCUUCCACUUCGGGCCCAGGCCGUUCCCUUUCGGUCACCCUCAGGAUCCCCUGGGAUUCAAGUUGUCCGAUCUCUUGGAUUGCACAGGCUUGCAACACCUGGGUCUGGAGCAAGGAGCCGGCCAAGGGUGGGGUGGAUUACCUCGGGGCUCUCUUCCGCCGCACUGUCUUCCGCCGCCUCCCGGUCACCAUUCGCAUACACAUCCCCCGGCAGCUGGUGCGUCGGCCUUCAAUCCCUUCCACCACAGCAUCGAGCAAAGAUCUCCUAGACUUCCUGGACCUAACUCUGAACCGUCCAGGAACGAUUUGGGUCCAAUCAGCGUGUCAGUCAGGGAGGUCACCCCGACCACGUCACCAGGCAAUCCUGGACCUGGACUGCUCACGACGGCCACGGUCGCGGCGCCCACGCCUCCGGCGGAACCUACCACGACCACCACCACGCCGAGUCCGUCAAGCCACCAUUCACACUUCCAAGGUCUUCAUCUUCUGGGGGCCACAGGGUCAAUCUUCGGGUCGAUAUUCGCCCCGUUGCUGCCGCAAUCCUCUUGGCUCUACAAUCCGCUCUACCACACGCAGCAGUACGUUCUGGAGCCGGAAUGGCACGCUUUGGCGUUAAGAAUGGCUCAGCAGCGGUUGCAGAGGCCUGACCAAGCGCGGGUGGAGGAGAUGAGGAAGCUUCGAGGCAGCAGUAGCAGUCCCGAGUCCGCGCUGAAGGAGGAGAAGCGACGGGACGACGACCAGGACGUACUCCUUAGGUCCGGUCUGGAUAGUCCCGACGGAAGCAUAGAAGUGGACGAUAGGAACGAGCACGACGUGAACAGGGAUCGCGUGAGGAGCGACGAGUCUCUUCCUGAACAGGACUCCCCGAGGAUCUCGCCUGUGAGGAGCGACAUGGAAGACACGACCGACGCGACGUUUCAGGACGCCUCCGUUCACCUGCGACCGAGUAUAGAGAACUCGAACGAUCAGGAGAUCGCGAACGACGAGCAGAUCUCUCGCAGAGACCUGAAGAUGCGUUUGGAAGGGACGGUGGAUCUGAGCACGAAGAAGGGACAGGACAAGGAGAACGUGGGCCAGGAUCUCACGACCAGGAAGAAGGAGGACGACACCGACGUCGAGAGGGAGGGAGUGCGAGGCAGAAGAGACAGGAGUCCUAAGCCCAGACAGGUCUGGAGACCGUACUAA